AAGCGGAAUCCGGAUUGUCAGCCAAUUCAUAGAUAGAAUUCCAUCAUGUUCACCUUGAAAUUGGUACGGUGCCGUGGUACAGCUCUGCGUACCUUCACGUCGACUGCAAGCCGAAGCCAUGAAAAUCCUUUGGGCCUCCCAUUUCGACCGCCCUCUACACCUCAAAUGCCCCGACGCGGCGGGCUAAUCCAAAAACGACAUAUUGAGCAUGUAAAGAAGGUAAUUGUUGUAGCAAGUGGAAAGGGGGGCGUGGGCAAGAGCACAAUAGCAGUAAAUCUUGCUUUUUCCCUUGCAAUGCUGCCUCAUCGACCGCGAGUCGGCAUACUUGACUUGGACAUUUUUGGGCCUUCUAUACCUACAUUGAUGGGACUUCAGCAUUCGGACGACCCACGUUUAACUUCUGCUGGUGCUCUCGUCCCCAUAAUCAAUCAUGGAAUUCCUACCAUGUCUAUGGGCUACCUGGUCCCUCGGCCACCACCUGACUCUACGGAAUUUGAAGGGGCAAUUGUCUGGCGCGGCCUUAUGGUUCAAAAAGCCGUGCAGCAACUCCUCUUCGAUGUUGACUGGCGGGAUGCUUGUGGAUCUGGUCCUGGGCUGGACGUACUAAUAAUAGAUAUGCCCCCAGGGACGGGAGAUGUUCCUCUUACACUGGGACAGUUAGUUGUCGUUGACGGCGCAGUCAUCGUUUCAACUCCACAGGACGUCGCACUAACAGAUGUGAGAAGAGGAAUUUCUAUGUUCAAAAAGAUCUCAGUUCCGAUAACAGGCCUCAUCCUUAACCAAGCAUCAUUCCUGUGUCCUUCUUGCAACACCGCGCAUGAGUUAUUUGGGACUUCAACUAAUGCAUCGCGCCUUGGGAUUCCUCUCCUAGCGCAACUACCUCUUGUUGGGGGCGUGAGCUGCGGUGGAGACCGCGGCAUUCCAUACGUCCUCGAAGGCAAAAAUGGAGGUGACAAGGAUGGCAAGGCGGGAGAGAUAUGGCGAGAUGCGAUGAACGAAGUGGCAAGCAAAAUGUGGGGGUUAGUUCACAGUUGAGUGGGUGCUACCAUGCAAGGUCCUUUACUUUGCUUCGGAAUUUCACUCAAGGAGCUUGGCAUGGAAACAGCACGAGUGGAGGCAACAUAUCGACCUGUUUCUACCACCUAGCUUUAGUGCAUGGAAGAUAGACUCCGCUUGCUACACCUUCACUAUCCGUCGCAUUACAUGGAAAGGCCGUGCUCU